AUGGCAGCUCAGACGCUCAACAGGUACGGCACGGCUCAGCAGAUAGGCAGAAAAGCGAAUCGGCUAUCCUACGACUACAAGGAUCUCACCAAGUCGGAUCUGGACUGUGUGGCGGACAUUCUCGUAGCCUCGCCAGCAGAAGCUACUGCGGCGACAUUGUUUGAAGAAGCGACAAGUGCCAUGAUCGCACGCCUGCCCAAGAACCUUCGUUGUAAGCACUCCUGGCUAUCGACCUUUUGCGCGAAACACAGGAAGCUGAAUCCACUGCCUAUCAUCAGUCUAUGGCGAAUCGUCCGACACACUGUUGUGGAUGAGCUGCGAAAGACGCUAUCGCCUCUAACACAGACAGGCCAAGUACCACCUGAGAAAGCUUUGUUCGCCGAUGCUCUGCGGUCGCAUGACUGGCAUAAUACCGGCUGUGAAGCCUGCUCUAUCGUGUCGAUGGCUGAGAAGGUGGCUCUUGUCAUAGCAGUCGCCGCAAUACACCUUACCAUCUUGUCACCUGCUAAUUGGCGCAAAAGUAAGAGAGUCUACUUUCUCGAACGGCUGCUUCAGGGACGACACAGUUCUGGCAAUGAUGACCAUUCAGUGGUGAAGAUCUAUACGGCAAUACGCACCGCCGUCCAGAAUCCGGCCAAUCCUGGAAGCUUGUCUGCUCAUUACAGUGACGCUCUACCGAGUGGGACCUCCUCUGGUGCACCGAUCACAUCGUCACGGCCUCUACAUGAUCCUCCUUGGGCCGCAACAGCCUUCUCCACGUACGAAAAUGGUAAUAUGGCAAGCACUGUUCCUUUGGAGAGUGCGCCUGUCAACGACAACGAGGAGGAAGAGGGUGUUUGUAUGACAGACAACACCGAUGACCUUUUCGCCGACCCCAUUCCGGGCACGGAAAGCCUCGAAACCGGCAGCAUAAUGAUUGGUAACGAGGUGCAGGACUUGUUUGAAGACGAACCUGCAUCAGCAGCAGUCGACUCGAUUUGGAGAUUCCGGCCUGUCUCGAGGGCUUCGCAAAGACUCGAUAAUAUCUGGCUGCCUCAGUCAAAGUAUGUGGGUGCUGCUCCAGCAUUAAAGCGCGAAAGGUCUCUUUGUCCAGUGCUCCGCGUGGGCAAGAAUGGUGAAGUAAAGGGACCUUUCGAUCCGGCGAGCAAGUCCUACACUCGAAGGCAUCUAUGA